ACAGCCAGUUCUCCGCCUCCUCCGCAGGCCCGGGAGAUUCUCUCCGCGGCCGCGACCGCGCUGAACUCAGACGAGACCGAUGACAACCAGCUUCCUUUGCCCGCACAUUCCGUCAUCCGACUUAUCCAGUGUCCGCGCUGCUCCCUACCGCUACGAACGCCGCUGCGACUCCCAUGUGGAAACACAGUCUGCAAGUCGUGUCUCCCGCCGAUCCGUCAACGGACGGGAAUUACGUACCCGGCGAACGAUGAACGGAAGGAGGGAUUUACAUGCUACUGGGGAGGAAAGGACACAUGCUCUGGUGAGCAUUGCCUCGGGGACUGUGGGACAGACGUCUUGUUGAGCAAACUGGUGGAUGUGUUCGAGGAGGUGUUGGCGAACCGCGGGGCCACCCCGGACACUGUCGAUCCAGACGCGGGGUUCUCGUUGACAUGGAGAAGCUCACUGGAAUCGACCCCUAUGAAUGCUAGAAUUGGCUGUGAUUUGUUGGGUGGUGUCUACGACUUGGUUAAGCAGGGUCGGUUUGACUACAAUGCGUCGGACGUGGGAUAUGCGCCCGAGGACUCUGUACAGCAGGGGGUUGGACAAUCUUUUGGAAGGCUGAGAGAGGCUGUGCGGAAUGAGUUGGACUGUCAGGUCUGCUACUCACUUAUAUUGGACCCAUUGACGACCUGCUGUGGCCAUACGUUCUGUCGCGGGUGUGUUGCAAUGGUCCUGGAUCAUAGCGAUUUGUGUCCUCUUUGCCGACGCAAGUUGAAUAUGUCUUCCACUGUGCGGUCUGAACCGAUCAACAACAGGGUUUCGGAACUUGUGGAGGCUUUGUUCCCUGCACAGAUUGGGACGCGUCGGGAGGGAUAUACUGAGGAUGCGACUCGAGAGGAUAAGGAGCGGACAAUUCCUCUAUUCGUGAGCUCGCUUUCGUUCCCGACCAUGCCGACUUUCUUGCAUAUCUUUGAGCCGCGGUACCGAACGAUGAUCCAACGAGUGAUGCGAAGCAGGGACAAGAAGUUUGGUAUGGUCAUGUAUAAUCGCUCUGGUCGGCUGCAGCAAGGUCUGGGAAGGGCUCAGUUUAUGCAGUAUGGUACGGUGCUGCUGGUGGAACGCUUCGAGCUGCUGCCCGACGGAAGGAGUCUGGUGAUCGCUUCUGGGGUCUCGCGCUUCAAGGUCAUCAGUUUCGAGAUGUUGGACGGCUAUCAUGUUGGCAGGAUACAACGAGUGGACGAUAUCCCGAUAUCUGAGGAGGAGAGGCAAGAAUCCUUGGAGACGUCUACAACUAGCGAAUUGCCAUCUCCAAGUGUUGAUGCUGCCAGUACAGCCCCGGAGCGUCUGCCAACGCAGCAGCUGUUCCAGAUAGCGUUGGAUUUUGUCGAAAAAAAUCGCCGCGAGGGAGCAACAUGGCUCCAUCAACGUGUUCUGCUAGCGUACGGCGAAGCUCCUACGGAUCCCGCUCUAUUUCCCUGGUGGUUCGCCAGCGUUCUGCCUCUCUGGGAAGACGAAAAGUAUCAUCUCUUAUCUACAACCAGUGUCCGGGAAAGGCUAAAGAUGGUUGUGCGGUGGGUGAGGAAGUCGGAGUCUCGCGAGUGGUACCUGUCACCGUCUACGGGGGUCUUCACGUCUUUCACGCCGUUCUCCAUGUCUGUCUCCAUUUCUUUUGGGUCUGCUCCUUCCCCAGCAUCUGACGGCCGGCACCGGGCGCAGAAUGAGGAGUCGGAAGCGUAUAUACCACAGACACUUGUUUUGGGAAUCUUUUUGGCCCUUUUCGCGACGCAAAUGGCCAUCAAUGUUGUCCAAAUUCGGCGAGCCAGGCGGCGUGAACCA